AUGGCGGUUGGGUGGAAGCCAUUGUUGCCCCUAAUCGCAGUCUCAGCUCUGUUCAUCUAUGAAGAGUGGGUCUCAUCUCCUUCCUGCAAAAGGGUACCUAGCCCUAACCUCCAUGGCCAUGAACCCAACCAGGACCACCCAGACGACCUCAAGGUCAUGAUGGUCGCCAAUCUCCUCCUCCUGGGCUCCGAGGCCGGCUACUUCAACCUCCUCUUCAGAGACUACUACUUGUCCAGGUUCUUCACGAAUUCUUUCCGAACUUUGAAGCCCGAUAUGCUGUUAGUGUUGGGCGAUAUCUCGGCCCGAGGUUACAAAUUGCCGAAUUCCAAGUACAUUUCGGUGAUUCACCAAUUUCAGCGUGUAUUGGGUCCAUUUCUCGGGCUGCCACUUCACGUUGUUCUUGGCGACCGAGAUGUCGGAGAGUGCGAUAAGCUAAGUGCGGAUUUGGUGAGUUGGGUUUCGGGUAGAUUUCCGGGUCUUGACUCUGCCGGUUGCGGAGCCUUCGAAAUCGGUAAUGUGAGUUUCGUGUCGCUCAAUGCCGUGGCUUUGCUUUGCGGGAACAAUGAGCUGAGGUUCAGUGUGGAGAAGGUGGUGGAGAGUGAAAGCAUGGAUUUUCAGAUGGGAACCGAGCUUGAGGGAAUGGAUGAGAAUGGUCGAGUGAGGAAGAAGGUUUAUGAGUUUGGGUGGAGAGAGAAUGCUAUGUCAUCUGGGUCUGGUCCUGUGCUCUUGCUUCAUUUCCCAUUAAACCAAACUGUAGCUGCUGCUAACUAUGAUAGGAGUAGGAGUUCAAGCAUAUUGGACGGCAGGGGACGUGUUGGUACAGGGCCAUACAAUUUGUUACACAAGCUACCUCCGAAUGCUACUGAAUAUAUCUUUCAAGCUCUCAAACCAAGGAUUGUUUUCAGUGCCCACACUCAGGAAUUCCAUGAUUACUUCCACCCAGAUGGGACGCGCGAGGUGACUGUUCCAGCCAUGACAUGGAAUGCAAGGGAUGAUCCUGGAUUUGUUGUUGCCAUUUUCCGAAGGAACAAAGGAGAAGUAAGCGUCAGCUAUUGCUCUCUAGCUAGGGAAUCUCACGUUCUAGUUGCCUAUGUAACUCUUCUGAUUCUUUUAGUACCAAUGAUGGUUUUCCCAAGCACGCCCAAUUUGAGAUGUUUAACAUAA